AUGGCUCACAUUGAGCUGGCAGACAACUUCCCGGCCCUUGAGAAGAUCGACCUAUCCGCUACGACCAUUACAUGCAGUUACUGGCUGGUCAAACACAAGCGCCACUGCUCUCGAUCUGUAAAGCUUGAUCCUGCGGCAGCCAGACAGCUGCAGAAGAACCUGCUUAUGGUUCGGGCGGCUACCCAUGGCUCUCUGACUUCAGACUUACGCUCGUUAGUGGUUGAAGACUUACUUGAGUGUUCUUGCUGUUGGCAACACAAAACAAAGCUGCAUUCCGGCACCCUGCUGGGCGAGGAGGUUCGACGUCGAUGGCAAGACCAGCUGAAUAUUGCCGCACCAGAAGGCACAGCGGUCAAGACGACGGUGGCCCCCGCGUCAUGUUCAGCGGAUGUCAAGGCACUCGAUAUCCGCCUAGCGGGGGUGUCGGCUAUUCCUGGACCAAAUCUCAGAUCCGGUCGGUAUACGCCCUUCCACCUACCAGAUGAUGCUGUACGUACUCCAGAACCGGAGUUCCUCCCCAUGAAAAAGCCAGGACGGACGGUUGCCCAGAAGAUUCUCCAAGGUCCCUCGAGCGAACAGUCACGCCGUACCAGAAGUCUCUACGCCUACGGCAGGUCAUCAAGUCCCGGGAUGCUCAAGAUAGGGGUUUCCCAGAACGUCGAAGCCCGGCUGGAAGGAUGGAGCAGGUCUUGCCUCUACCAGCCUAUCCUGAAACACCACCUAAAGGGGGUCCCCUGCGCUCAAUUCGUCGAAGGAUUGACACAUUCGGAACUGCUUCAAUACUGGCGCAGGGAGAUCCGAUGCAAGCACAACCCAGACUGCCAUACUCAACACAAGGAAUGGUUCGAGGUGGACGAUGCGACCGCAUUUAGAGUGAUGGAUAGCUGGGUCGAAUGGAUGAGGGUCGCCGAGCCUUACGACCAUGAAGGCCGUCUGAAACCCAUAUGGCGCUCUAGCAUCGUCGACAUGGAGGCGAAUGGAGUACUUGUUACCUCGCGACGCCUACUGGACGUCGUCGAAAGUUUCCAGGCGAAGAAUACUCCACAAAGCGGUAGUGCCGUCGCCACGCGAGUCGAAAGCACGGUAGCAAGGUCGUUGGUUGAUGGAAUGUCUGCAACAUCCAUUGUCACAACCACCCCAACGCCUGUGGUACUUUACGGUCGAGCCACUGCUACUGUCCUCUCCGCGACCGCCCUCAUCACAUCGUCUCUCCCAACGUUACAGAAAAGUCAACUUCGAGCUUUACUGAACGAAGGGACACCAAGCAAGGCCACCUCGCCUUUGUCUCUUCCAACGCCUCUCGUCCCCGCGGUGUGA